GGUUGAACAGCCAAACCCCGUAACUCCGUCACAUAAUCCAGAUUCCAGCCCUAAUCUCUUUCCACUUCUUCUUUCUUUUUCUUCGUCUGCUACAGCUACAGGCGCAAAAUCUUUGGUCUCCUCUUCAGCCGGUGCACUAAUUUAUUGUGGAUUGCACUUGAAAAUUGGGGGAAAGAGGAUUGAAUUGGUUAUACUGUUCGAGUGACUGGAGAUGGUGCUCGUACUGGCAUUGGGCGAUUUGCAUAUACCGCAUAGGGCACCCGAUCUGCCAGCAAAGUUCAAGUCUAUGCUUGUUCCUGGAAAAAUUCAACAUGUUAUUUGCACUGGCAAUUUGUGCACGAAAGAGGUUCACGACUACUUAAAAACAGUUUGUCCCGACCUGCACAUCACUCGGGGUGAGUAUGACGAGGAGCCACGCUACCCAGAAACCAAAACACUAACAAUCGGUCAGUUCAAGCUCGGUGUCUGCCAUGGCCAUCAGGUAAUUCCAUGGGGAGACCUCGACUCUCUGGCCAUGCUCCAGCGCCAGCUAGAUGUCGACAUUUUGGUGUCUGGCCACACACACCAGUUCACAGCCUACAAGCACGAGGCUGGGGUGGUUAUAAACCCGGGUUCUGCCACCGGUGCCUUCAGCAGCAUCACUUAUGACGUCAACCCGAGCUUUGUCCUCAUGGACAUUGACGGGCUGCGCGUCGUCGUUUAUGUCUACGAGCUAAUCGAUGGGGAAGUCAAGGUUGACAAAAUUGAUUUCAAAAAGACCACGACAUCUACCUGAUGACGGUUAAUGUAUCCUUGGGAGUGUCUGAUCCUUAGCAUGUUAGAGAUUCUUGCUUUAUAGACUUUCGUGAAUGUACAAACGAGUUUUUUCAAUCUGUUCAUGUCUCUGCUGUUUAUUUGGAUGAAGUUGUACUACUGUUGGGACGAAAUGCUGAUUCGUGAAGUUCUUGUUCUGACAGCGAUUCGAUCUGCCUAAGGAAGCCGGCAAAAAAUCUUCUGUUUUGGCUGAUGAUGGGAUCCUUUUCGAUCUGUCUCUCGUGCCUUUGGUAACUAUUCUGCUUUGUUCUUGUAAUAAUGUUGCAGUUUCGAAUUUGUUCAGUUUUCUACCAUGCUGUUUUGAGAAAAUUUGAUGUGGGAGUAGCAGAAUUUUUUGAAAUGUGCUUUUGAAAUCAUUUGAAUUGUUACAUCUCCAGGAACAUUAUAUAUAUAUAUAUAUAUGUAUUUAUUGUUUGAUGAAA